AUGGCCAUGAGCUCCUAUUUGAUCAACUCCAACUAUGUGGACCCCAAGUUCCCCCCGUGUGAGGAGUACUCUCAGAGCGACUAUCUGCCCAGCCACUCUCCGGACUACUACAGCUCCCAGCGGCAGGAGCCCGCCGCCUUCCAGCCGGACUCUCUCUAUCACCACCAUCAACACCACCAACACCCGCACCACCAGAGCCACCACCCUCCGCCGCCUCCUCCUCCUCCGCAGCCGCAGCAGCAGCAGCGAGCCGAGCCGCCCUACACGCCGUGCCAGCGCUCGGGGCAGCCCGCCUCGGUGGUGAUGUCCCCGCGGGUUCACGUUCUCCCCCCAGCCGGGCUGCAGCCCACCCCCGUCCCGGAGCAGAGCCACCGCUGCAACUCGGUGACACCCAGCCCGCCUCCCCCUCCGUCCUGCGGUCAAACGCCCCACAGCCAAAGCACUUCGUCCCCGUCCGGCACCCGUAAGGACCCGGUGGUGUACCCGUGGAUGAAGAAAGUCCAUGUAAACAUCGGUGAGUGAGUCUGCAUGCAAACUUGUUCCUCUCUCUCCCCUCUCUUCUCUGCCUCGCUGCCUUUGUGCGCUCAGCUCAGCUCAGCUCAGCUCAGCUAGGUGUCCACCGUCAGGAUCUACGGCUUCCCCUCCCUGUUUCUGUUAGAAGAACACGAGUAGCCCUUGGGUCAAGAUUUACGAUCGUCUGUUUGCAGGGCCAAUAUAAUUACACCCUCCAUAAAUUUUUAUUACACCUCUCCGCUGAGGUGCCUUUUGAAGUCCGAUCUCCGGCUCGUCUGCUCUGAUUCUUCGCCUUAUGACAACUCAGCCGAGCCCAUAAGUUAGAUUUUAUGCUUCUGUAAUUUGAUUUUAAGUGGUCUGCUUGUAUAAACGGUGUACUUUACUCUGUCGAGCCUUCCUUCCCCUCUCGUUGUUCAGGGGAGGGAAAGUUUUAUGGCAGCUGAAAUAUUCAUGUUUAUGGAGUCAGCCGUAAAACACUAAUGCAGAGCCGAGCAGCUCCAGUCUAUUAUGGCUCCUCUCUGAUGGUGUAAUAGACUCACAGCCUACUGCCUAUACUGGGAGUACUGGGGCGUAUUUCCACGCGGCGACCAAAUGCCACUUUCACAAACUCACCGAAACGCGUGAAUCUGUUUACAGGGUAAGAGAAUCUAUAUUCCAUAUAUCUAUCCUGGCUGCUCCCUCUCUCUCUCUCUCUCUCUGUGUUUGUAGGAUCGUGUUUGGCUGCUGCUCUGCUUGUAGUUUGGAGGAUUUGUUGAAUCAUUACCCAGGCAGCCAUUCAGUGCCGUCGUGUAUCUGCUACACCCCCCCUCAACCUCCACCACCACCUUUAUUCUCCACCAGUUUACCCAGUUCAGACAAAGCUGGCUCUGCUCAGGGCGCGUGAAUAGAAAACAGCGUUCCCACUCGUGAUCUUUUGACGCAUCUGUAUUUUUACGCGCAAACGUGUCAGAUGGACGUGGCCCAGAUUUGCCCCCCCAAAUCACAACAUUUGGACACCCGGCGUCAGGGCUGGCUGUGCGGGGAGGAUUCUCAGCGCCGCAGGGCCUGAAGUGACACCUGACAACAUGUGAGAGAGAGAAAAAAAAGAGAAGAAGAAGCUGCAGAUUCUGAGAGAAAAAGAGUGAAAAAAAAACGAGUUCAGCUGAAAGAGGAGAGAGAAAAAGAGAUUAAAGAGGAGAGAGAGCGUGAGCCUCAGAGGGUCUGCCAAGGUUACAGCCAUUUUGUGCUGCUCACUGUGGGUCCACGCGCGGGGGUCAGGGAUUUAUUUCUCUGAGUUACACGGAGAGGUCUCCUCUUUUAAAGGCGGACCCCAGUAACCGAGAUUCAAUAUGAGAUACACAGAUUUAUGUUUAUGUUAGAAUAAACGACAGCAAAGUUCCGUUAAAAUGUGUUUUCACCUCCUAAUUUUCUAUUUUUUCUACUAUAGUAACGUUUUUAUUACCCUUUAACUACUGAUGAUGUUUUUUUUUAAUGCAGAACACCUCAGUAACUGAAACUACAUAUGAGAUAUACAGAUUUAGAUUUAUGUUAGAAUAAACGUGCCGUUAAAAUGUGUCUUAAUGUCGUAAUUUUCUAUUUUUUAUGAUGGGUUUUUUUAUGCAGAGCACCUCAGUAACUGAAACCUUAUAUGAUAUAUACAGAUUGAUAUUUAUGUUAGAUAUUAUAUAUAUAUAUAUAUAUAUAUAUAUAUAUAUAUAUGUUACGUUUAUUGUAUAUGUUAGAAUAAACGACAGUAACUUACUGUUAAAAUGUGUUUUCAUGUCGUAGUUUUCUAUUUUUUACUGUGUAGCAACAUUUAUUUAUUAGUUUCUAAUUACUGAUGGUGAUUUUUUUAAUAUAAUUAUUUUAAUUUGAAGUAAUUUAUCCAUUAUUUUGAGUUACUAAUGUCCUGUACACGUCUUUUGUAUCAUAUUAGUGUAAAACUCAAGUUUAAUAUUAGAGUUAACGAUGAUUUUAUUUAUAGUAAAUAAUAAGAUAUAAGUUUAAUAUAAUUGAGGCCACCCUGACUUCCUCACAGUUACAUGAUAUUAAAUAAUAAUUCAGUGUUUCUGUUGUCUUCCUGCUCGUCUCCUCUCCUCCCUCCUUGUAUUGAUCACUUCACCUCCUUUGUUCUCCAACAGUGAGCUCAAACUACACGGGGGGAGAACCGAAACGCUCGCGGACGGCCUACACGCGCCAGCAGGUUCUUGAGCUGGAGAAGGAGUUCCACUACAACCGGUACCUGACGCGCAGGCGCAGGGUGGAGAUCGCGCACACGCUGUGCCUAUCAGAACGGCAGAUCAAGAUCUGGUUCCAGAACCGGAGGAUGAAGUGGAAGAAGGACCACAAGCUGCCCAACACCAAGGUCCGCUCCGGAACCGGCAGCAACACAAACUCCCAGAGCCGCUCCGGACCUCUAUAG